AUGGUGAGCAGUCAGCUGAGCACGGGCCUUCCCGCGAUCGCGCGCCGGCCGUCCGUGCGCUCGACCCGCGUGGGCAGCCACGUCCGCAACGACAACGACUGCGUCACGACCGUCGACGCCUUCCGCUACAUUGAGCGUGGCGUCCGCGCCGAGUACGACAUGUUCUACAGCGAGGCCAUCAACUGCUUUGUGAACGCUGGCGAGUGCUUGCUCAUCGUGGCCGAGCAAAACGACGACGACGUGAGCCAAAUGCUCUUGGCCAAGUCCCAAGAGGUCAUUGGCUGGGCCGAAGAGCUCUCGAUCUGGCUCGAGAACGGCCGCGCGGGCCCGCUGCCGUCGCGCAACUGCCGCGGCAUCCAGAUCCCGUUCACGAAAGAGUAUGAGGGUGGUGAGCACUACGAAGAGGCAGCCGAGCUCAGCUACACGCCGGUGGCUACCGUCAACCCGAUCAACUUUACGCUCGACGGCUACCGCAUGCAGUGUGUCACGCGCGGCCGCAAGCCGACGAUGAUGCUGGUCAUCACCAUGUACAACGAAGACGGCGCCGAGCUCGCGCAGACGCUCCGCAAGGUGUGCAACAACGUCAAGUACAUCCAGAAGAACGCGUUGCCGGGCUACGAGGGCGACGAUGCGUGGCAAAACAUCGUGGUGUGCAUUGUCUCGGACGGCCGCACCAAGGCCAACCCGUCGGCGACGUCGUUCCUGCGCGACAUUGGCGUCUUCAACGAGGACGCGAUGACGAUCUUCUCGUCGGGCGCAGCGACCCAGAUGCACCUCUUUGAACGCACGGUGCGUCUCGCCAAAGACCCGCUCAACAAGCAGAGCGUCAUCAUGAGCAACAACUCGACGAUCGGCGCCGACUACCCGCCGCUGCAGAUGGUCUAUGCGCUCAAGGAGCACAACGCGGGCAAGCUCAACUCGCACCUCUGGUUCUUCAACGCCUUUUGCAACCAAGUCGACCCGGAGUACAACAUCCUCCUCGACGUCGGGACGCUGCCCACGAAAGCCGCGCUCUACAAGCUGCUCGCGACGCUCGAGAUGAAGGCCGACAUUGGUGGCGUCUGCGGCGAGAUCGCCGUGAGCCGGCCGAUCCCGAACCUCUGGAACUUUGUGAUUGCGACGCAGCACUUCGAGUACAAGGUCUCGAACCUCCUCGACAAGGCGACCGAGUCGUGCUUUGGCUUUGUCUCGGUGCUCCCCGGUGCGUUCUCGGCCUACCGCUUUGCCGCCAUCAAGGGCGCGCCGCUCCAGGCGUACUUCAAGAGCCUCACCACCGACAUGGCCGAGCUCGGCCCGUUUUACGGCAACAUGUACCUCGCCGAAGAUCGCAUCUUGUGCUUCGAGCUCCUCGCGCGCACCAACGGCGCGUGGAAGCUCAAGUACAUCAAGGACGCGGUCGCGCGCACGGACGUACCGUCGACGCUCGUGGAUUUGAUGGCGCAGCGCCGUCGCUGGCUCAACGGAUCGUUCUUUGCGAUGCUCUACUCGAUCGUGCAGUGGGGCCGGCUCUACUCGCACACGAACCACUCGCUUUUCACGAAGGCCGGCCUCUUGAUCCAGUACUUUCAGCUGCUCAAAUCGAAAUUGCCGUUCUGGGACUCGGAAGAGUGGUACGACGACCACCACUCGAUGGCCAUGUCCAUCUUCAACAUCGUCUACGCGUUCUUGAUCAUGGUGCAGAUCAUCUUUGGCCUUGGCAACAAGCCCAAGCACGUCAAGUGGCUCUACACCUUCCUCUCGAUCUUCUACGCCAUCGUGGUCAUUACGGCCGUCUUCUUCUCGGUCUGCUCGCUCUCGUCGCACAACGGCAUGUCGUCUUUCAACAUUGUGCUCCUCGCUGCGACCUUUGGCGUCUACUUUAUCGCGGCAGCCUUCCACUUUGAGCUCCACCACGUGGUCUUCACCUUUGUUCAGUACCUCGUGAUGCUGCCGACGACCAUCAACAUCCUCAUGAUCUACGCGUUCUGCAACAUCCAAGAUCUGAGUUGGGGCACGAAGGGCCUCGGCGACAGCGCGGGCCACGGACCGACAAAGGGGGGUGGCCAGCGCCUCGGGUCGGGCGGCUACAGCGACCUCGUCGCGCAGCGCAAGGCCGCGGAGGCUGCGGCGCGCCACGACGCGGUCGUCGCGGACCAGGUCAAGCGCCGGUUCGACUCGUUCCGGUCGUACACGCUUCUCUUUUGGCUCAUUUCGAACGCGCUGCUCAUCAUGACGUGCAUCUACUUUGUCGGCGCCAACGUCUUCUUGCCGAGUCUGUUUCUAUUUAUCGCGCUCUUCAACGUCACGCGCCUCCUCGGGUCGAUCGCGUUUGUGCUCGCGACGGGCCGCGACUGGCUCCUCCUCAAGCUCUGCCUCUGCUCGGGCGGCAUGGCCAAGCGCAAGCAAAAGAAGGAAAAGGUCAAGGACCAAGACGGCUUUGGCGCGCUCGACAGCUCUAAGGUCCUGCGCCACAGCGCCUAG